UCCCCUUGACUCCUCCCUCCCUCUCCCAGAGUAUUAGCGCCUCUGUUGAGUGGAGUAGAGGAGUUCUUCCUCUUUCUUUUCCUCCUUGUGAGUCCAGCUGUGUCCCUCUUGCAGCUUCUUCUUCUUCCUUGGGCCUCUACAAUGGAGAGAGGGCAAAUGUUGCCCGUGUACCUUGUGAGCCUGUGCUGCAGCCUGUGUGCGGUUGCAGCCAUCCAGAGGGCCCAAAUGUUCCCCUUUGGCCUGUUAAGUGGAGAUUCACUUUUGGAAGAGGGCGAUGAUGAAACCUCCAAAGUCUUAUCCCUGCCUAAACCCUUCUACUUCUACGACACCCCCUUCUCCCAGCUUUACGUGGCCACAAACGGGAUCAUAUCAGCUCAGGACUUGCCGAUGGAGAAGCAGUACGUGGAUGAUGGCUUCCCCACGGACUUCCCGGCGGUGGCGCCCUUUCUGGCUGACAUGGACACCAGCGGAGGACGAGGACAGAUUUAUUACAGAGUGACGGAGACGCCCGGCGUGCUCAACAGAGUGGCCCGGGAAGUCCACCAAGGGUUCCCGGACGCGAAAUUCACACCCACCCACGCCGUGGUGGCAACGUGGGAGAAUGUGGCCGCAUACGAGGAGCCAACGCGAACCAGCGGGGAGGCGAUGAGCAAGGUCAACACCUUCCAGGCGGUGAUUGGCUACGACGAAACCGACUCGUACGUGCUCUUCCUCUACCCCGAGGGUGGCCUGAACUUCUUUGGGACGAGACCCAAGGAGUCGUACAAUGUGGAGAUAGAACUUGCCGCUCGUGUCGGAUUCAGCAGAGGAGAAAUCACCUAUCUGAUUUUUUCCCGAACUGAGGGACCUUACUACACUGUGACCAGCAACGAGCAGAGUAUCAAACAUCUUAACCAGGUUGGUAACACUGGUAUUGCAGGCGUUUGGCUUUUCCACACUGGGAACCGCUAUUCCUUUGACAACAUUGUCCCCGCAUCUGUUGGUGGUCUUCCUGCUACACCUUCCCCAAGAAAACAUGACAAGCCUCUGGGCGCCACUACCCGAGAGUCCCAUAACUUUCAAGAGUACACAGACAACCGCAAGUUUGACUCCGCUCAUCGAGAGCGGGAGGGUGAUUUCCCUCUGGCAGUUGAAGAUAGGGAAUUCCAGACGGUCCUCGCUGGUGAAUCCUUCCAGCCGGGAAGCGCUGACCUUCCUUUGUCAGCAUCUGUGGCGUCCCAAGCCAUUGAAGAGUUGCCCAUGACAUUAGAGCCCAGGCUGGGUUCAGAGGUGGUGGCGAGGCAGCAUGCACCGCUUCCUCCUCAAGAGGCGAUCCGAGAUGGAGGUACUCAAAGGUCCCCAGAGCAGCAACCACAGGUUCCCGUGGAGGUGGGCGGCUUGGCUCACAGAAAUGAGCCGCCCCUGACCCCUGGAGGUCAUGUGGUCAGCGUGGAGGAAGAUGUUGACUUUGACACAGGAGUGAUUCAAUACACCACUGAGAAUAAGGAAACGUGCGCUAGGUUCCAGCAGCAGUGCUCUCAGAAUGCAUUUUGCUCUGACUACGCCACGGGCUUCUGUUGCCACUGCCAAGCCGGCUUUUACGGAAAUGGACGUCACUGCCUGCCGGAUGCCGCCCCUCAGCGUGUAAGUGGGAAGCUCAGUGGAACAGUGACCGUGGGUUUGACUCCUGUAGAGCUGAACAACAUUGAUCUGCAUGCUUACAUCGUGGUUGGAGAUGGAAGGGCUUACACAGCUGUCAGUGAGAUACCUGAGCCAGUGGGUUGGGCCUUAAUGCCGGCUGCACCAAUUGGAGAAGUCUUUGGAUGGCUGUUCGCUCUGGAGUUGCCCAACAGCCAAGCAGGAUUCAAGACAACAGGAGCAGAGUUCACGCGUCACGCCGAACUGGUUUUUCACCCCGGCAACCAGCGGCUGUCGAUCACUCAGAUGGGCCGAGGCCUCGACGACCACAACCACCUCACUGUGGACACGGUGCUUAGCGGGAGUGUGCCUUUCCUACCUCCAGCUUCUGAAGUGACCAUGGAUCCCUUUAAGGAAAUAUAUCAUUACUACCCAUCAGUUGCCACAUCCAGCUCUGUGAGGGCCUUCACGGUGGUCUCACCGGACCGGGGAUCCGAAUCCUUCUCUUUCCAGCUGAAACAGAACAUCACCUACCGUGACUGUCGACAUGGCAACCGGGCUCCGCCUGUGGAGACGCUGCAGAUCACCAUGGAAAGAGUGUUUGUGAUGUAUGUGAAGGAGGAGCGCAUCUUAAGAUACGCCAUCACCAACAAGAUCAGCCCAGUUGGAGCGGGGUCAGCAGGACCAGAGCUAGUUAACCCCUGCUAUGAUGGAAGCCACGACUGCGACACGACCGCCCAGUGCGUCCCGCUGGAGGACAAGGCUUUCCAGUGCCGAUGUGGGACUGGUUACAGAGGCGAUGGACACAACUGUUACGAUGUCGAUGAGUGUGCAGAGGCCUUGCCUGCAUGUGGUGCUCAUUCGCAAUGCAUCAACUUACCCGGUAGCCAUCGCUGCCAGUGCCAAAGGGGCUUUGAAUUUGGCUUUGAUGGACGUACAUGUGUGGACACGGACGAGUGCAGCUCCUCUCCAUGCCACAUUAAUGCGAGAUGCACCAACAGCUUAGGCUCCUUCCACUGCCAGUGCCAGAAUGGAUUUUAUGGAGAUGGUUUCCUCUGCUCCCAGCAAGGGCCAACAGAUAAAAGUAAGAGCCAGUGUGAGCAGCACAGAGACCGUCUACAGAGUGAAGCGGGCCAAACUGGUCAGUCACCCAUUGGGGUUUUUAUCCCACAGUGCGACUCUGAUGGACAAUACAGACCACUCCAGUGCCAUGGCUCCACUGGACACUGUUGGUGUGUGGACAACAGGGGGCAAGAGAGAGCAGGAACCAGGACGCCUCCUGGUACUGAACCAACAGACUGUGAUAGACAGGAGCAACCAGUCCCACAUAAAACCCCAUGUGAGUGCCAAAGAGACAGGGUACAGACCACCAGUCCCGAGGGUGAUCCUGUAGUAGGAGCAUUCGUACCUCAGUGUGAUACUAAUGGACAGUACACACCUCAGCAGUGUCACAGCUCCAGUGGACAUUGUUGGUGUGUGGACAGCAAAGGACGGGAACGACCUGGAACCAGGACUUCACCUGGCACAACACCCAUCAACUGUGAGAGAGCUGAUGAACGCCUUAAAACCCUCUGUGAACACCACAGAGACAGCGUACAGACCACCAGUCCGGAGGGCUAUCCACUCGUUGGAGCCUUUGUACCUCAGUGUGAUGCUAAUGGGCAGUACACACCACUGCAGUGUCAUGGUUCUACUGGCCAUUGUUGGUGUGUGGACAGUCAGGGACAAGAAAGACCCAGAACCAGAACGAGCCCUGGUGCUCCACCCACAGACUGUGACAAACCAGAGGAACCAGACCGGACAAAAACCAACUGUGAGCGACACAGAGACAGUGUAAAGACCACGAGUCCAGGGGGUUAUCCUCUAGUGGGGGUCUUUGUGCCACAGUGUGAUGCAAAUGGCCAAUAUACUGCACGGCAGUGUCACAACUCUAGCGGACAUUGUUGGUGUGUGGACAGUCAAGGACAGGAAAGACCAAGUACCAGAACGCCACCUGGUGCAACUCCAACUGACUGCAACAAACCAGAGCAUCCCAAAAGCCACUGUGAACAGCACAGAGACAGUGUAGAGACGACCAGUCCAGAAGGUUAUCCUAUAUUGGGAGCAUUUGUACCUCAGUGUGAUUCAGAUGGACAUUACACACCUUUACAGUGUCACAGCUCUACUGGACAUUGUUGGUGUGUGGACAGCCAAGGACAAGAAAUACCUGGAACCAGAACUCCACCUGGUACAACACCCACUGACUGUAACAAUACAGAAGGACCGGAUCGUCUUAAAAGCCAUUGCGAGGAGCACCGAGACAGCGUACAGACGACCAGUCCAGAGGGUUAUCCGCUAGUGGGAGCCUUUGUACCUCAGUGUGAUGCUAAUGGAGAGUACACUCCUCAACAGUGUCACGGUUCUAGUGGAUAUUGUUGGUGUGUGGACAAAAAAGGGCAAGAAAGACAUGGCACCAGAACGCUUCCUGGUGCAACACCCAUCGACUGUAACAAACCAGAACGUCCUAAAAGCCACUGCGAGUUGCACAGAGACGGUAUACAAACCACCAGUCCAGAGGGUUAUCCACUAGUGGGAGCAUUUGUACCUCAGUGUGAUGAUGAUGGACACUACACUCGUCAACAGUGCCAUGGUUCAACUGGGCAUUGUUGGUGUGUGGACAGCCAAGGAAAAGAAAAACCUGGAACUAGAACUGCUCCUGGUGCUACACCCAUUGACUGUGACAACCCAGGACAUCCCAAAAGCCAAUGUGAGCAGCACAGAGACAGUAUACAGACAACGAGUCCAGAGGGUUAUCCAAUACUGGGAGCCUUUGUACCUCAGUGUGAUGCUAACGGACAGUACUCUCCUCAACAGUGUCACAGUUCUAGUGGACAUAGUUGGUGUGUGGACAGACAAGGACAGGAGAGAUCUGGAACUAGAACUCCUCCAGGGGUAACACCCAUGGACUGUGAAAGAACAGAACGCCCUAAAAGCCACUGUGAGUUGCACAGAGACAGUAUACAGACCACCAGUCCAGAGGGUUAUCCGAUAGUGGGAGCAUUUGUACCUCAGUGUGAUGCUGACGGACACUACACUCGUCAACAGUGUCACGGUUCUACUGGGCAUUGUUGGUGUGUGGACAGCCAAGGACAAGAAAGACCUGGUACUAGAACUCCACCAGGUGCAACACCCAGUGACUGUGACGAACCAGGACGUCCUAAAAGUCACUGCGAGUUGCACAGAGACGGUAUACAAACCACCAGUCCAGAGGGUUAUCCAAUAGUGGGAGCAUAUGUACCUCAGUGUGAUGCUGACGGACACUACUCUCGUCAACAGUGUCAUGGUUCUACUGGGCAUUGUUGGUGUGUGGACAGCCAAGGACAAGAAAGACCUGGUACUAGAACUCCACCAGGUGCAACACCCAUUGACUGUGAUGAACCAGAGCGUCCUAAAAGCCAGUGCGAGUUGCACAGAGACAGUAUAAAGACCACCAGUCCAGAGGGUUAUCCGAUAGUGGGAGCAUUUGUACCUCAGUGUGAUGCUGAUGGACACUACACUCAUCAACAGUGUCAUGGUUCUACUGGGCAUUGUUGGUGUGUGGACAGCCAAGGACAAGAAAGACAUGGUACUAGAACUCCUCCUGGUGCAACACCCAUUGAUUGUGACAAACCAGAACGCCCUAAAAGCCACUGUGAAUUGCAUAGAGACCGUAUUCAGACCACCGGUCCAGGGACGGCAUUUUUACCUCAGUGUGAUGGUAAUGGACAGUACGCUCCUCAACAGUGUCACAGUUCUACUGGGCAUUGUUGGUGUGUGGACAGUGAAGGACAAGAACGACCUGGUACUCGAACUUCUCCAGGUGAAACAGCUGUCAACUGUGACAAACCAGACCAUCCUAAAACCCACUGUGAGCAGCAUAGAGAUAGUUUACAGACCACCAGUCCAAGUGGUUCUCCUAUACUGGGAGCCUUUGUACCUCAAUGUGAUGCCCAAGGACAGUACACACCUCAACAGUGUCAUGGUUCGAGUGGACAUUGCUGGUGUGUGGACAGCCAAGGACAGGAAAGACCCGGAACUAGAACUCCUCCUGGUGCAACACCCAUCGACUGUGAUAACUCAGAACGCCCUAAAAGCCACUGUGAGCACCAGAGAGACCAUGUACAGAUAACCAGUCCUGAGGGCUAUCCUCUAGUGGGAGUUUUCAUACCUCAGUGUGAUAGUAAUGGACGGUACACACCUCAACAAUGUCAAGGCUCGACUGGACAUUGUUGGUGUGUGGACAGCCAAGGACAAGAAAGACCUCGAACCAGAACUCCACCUGGGACCACACCCGUCGACUGUGAGAGACUGGAUGAACAUCCCAAAACCCUUUGUGAACACCACAGAGAAAGUGUACAGACCAGAGGUGCUGAGGGUUUUCCUCUAGUUGGAGCCUUUGUACCUCAGUGUGACGCUAACGGACAGUUUACGCCACAACAGUGCCAUGGUUCCAUUGGUGAAUGUUGGUGUGUGGACAGCAAUGGUCAAGAGAGACCAGGAACAAGAAGUCCACCUGGUGUUUCUCCUAUAGACUGUGACGGCCCUAUUCACGUGACUCCGACUGAGCGUCCCGAGAGUGUGUGCGAGCGCUGGAGGAGCAGUUUAAUGGAGCACUACGGUGGGAAGCCAGGGCCGCAACAGUACUUGCCCCAGUGUGAGCCCGAUGGACAGUUCAGUCCAAUCCAGUGCUAUGGGGAGACCACCUACUGCUGGUGUGUGGACCAGGAUGGGCGAGAGGUUCUUGGCACCAGGUCAAAUGAUGUCAUUAAACCUGCGUGCCUUCCCUCAGUGGCCCCGCCAACUGUGCGCCCGUUACCCCGCCCGGAUGUGACUCCUCCCCCUAACACUGAUAUCACACUGCUGUAUGCACAGGGACAGAAAAUAGGAGCACUUCCUCUCAACGGGAGCAGACUCGAUACAAGCCGCUCCAAAACGCUCCUGACUCUACACGGCUCCAUAGUUGUAGGCCUGUCUUAUGACUGCAAACAGAACCAAGUGUAUUGGACUGAUUUGUCCGCACGGACCAUUAAUAGAGCAUUAAUGUCGCCGGGAGCUGAGCCAGAAAUACUCAUUAACUCGAAUCUGGUUAGUCCAGAGGGCUUAGCUGUGGAUGUCAAUCGAAGGCUGAUGUUCUGGGUGGACUCCAACCCUGACCUGAUUGAAAGGUCCAGUUUGGACGGUAGCGAUAGAAGGACGCUUUUUGACACAGACCUGGUCAACCCCCGGGCCAUCAUUGUGGUCUCAUCCACAGGUUCUCUGUACUGGACAGACUGGAAUCGAGAGGCUCCGAAGAUUGAGAGCGCAUCAGUGGAUGGACAGAACCGCCGGGUGGUGGUUUCUGAGGGGAUUGGUUUGCCGAAUGCAUUGACCUACGAUUACUCUUCUGGACACAUCUGCUGGGCCGACGCAGGUACUAAGCGGUUGGAGUGUAUAUUCCCAGACGGUUCAGGGAGAAGAGUAAUAAACCCCAGCCUCAACUACCCAUUUAGCAUGGUGUACCACGGAAACCACUUCUACUACACUGACUGGAGAAGGGACGGUGUGAUCACAGUAAGCAAAGACAGCGGCAAGCUCACUGAUGAAUAUUUGCCGGAGCAGAGGUCUCACCUGUACGGCAUCACCAUAGCAACAUCCCACUGUUUAUCAGCGGCCAAGGCGCACACCGGAAGGAGCAGCCCAACGUCCAUUGAAAUGAAACAAAAAGUGUGAUCUGUGAUCAUUUUAAGGCCUAUUCAAUAUAGGACAUACAGUGUAGUGAUACAAGACAACAGUGUUCACCGUAGAACAACGUAGUUCCUGUGUGACCGUGUGUAUGUGUGUACAUUUACCUUACACCCAAGUGUAAAGUCUAUUUGUGGUCCAUAAACCAAAGAAUACAUCCACCAGUGUCAUUUGAUCCACUGUCGUCAUCUACAAAACUUCUGGAAAUUACGUACAAAGCUUCCCACUAAACACCGGAUGAUGGCCAAAGUAGUACCUGGCUACUGCCCCGCAUACAACCCUGACAUCCAAACACACAAUGUCAUGUGCACUUGACACUGGCUACAGCUGUAAUAACAGCAGGCUGCUUCAAAGACAUUGGUGUGUAGUGUAAUUGUCUACAUGAUGACAGCUUUGAAACACACCGACUUCAAAGCUGUUAUUGUUCACCGCGCCCAGACACACCAGUCAAGUGGCUGGGUCUCGCUUGGUCAGGACAUUCCAGUUUUUCCUGAAGGCCGCUUUACUCGAGCAUCCAGAACUUCAUAUAGAAUUUCUAGGGACAGCCUUGAGCGGAUCUACUUUAGUGACCUCAGAAUUAGGUUUCUGCUUUUUGCAGGUUCUGUUAGCGUUUUUAAACCGCUAUAUCCAAAUCUGACUGGAGCAGUCCGCAGCCGAUUGUGAAGCGCUUGAGGUGAAAAUCAGCACCUCAAAAUCUGAGGCUGGGAUGGGAACAAAUUUCAGUGUCGGAACUAUGACAACAAAGUCAUGGGAAUACAAUGCGAGCGCCACAAUGCAAUUCUUGACUAAACUAAGGGAAAAAUACGGCUUGUGUCAUAAAAGUUUUGCUUCUUGAUUAUUUCAGUAGUUCCAUAUUUUUAUUACUGCCAAACCUGGAUAGCAGUGGAAUUUGCCAAAUUCUGUUUUGGGAUUAGAGGCAAUCUCUGUGGGAGUGGCAUUGGGAUUUGGCAGGAUACCGUAUUUUUUUCAAGAUUUGGGACUGGAAGGGAGUGGGAUCAAUUUCUGUGGUAGCGGAAGGCAGCAAGAGUCAACAUCGUUCUCUUCGUGGAAAAGGGAGGAGGUUGAGGAAGAGAUCCUGUCCGAAGUGGUCACCAAGUAUCGAGGGGUCUUGUUCAUGAGUGAGGGGGGAAAUGGAGCAGGAAAUUGAUAGGUACAUCAGUCCGGUGACUGCAGUGAUGCGGACUCUGUAAUGAUCUGUUGCGGUGAAGCAGCUGGGACGAAAGGCAAAGCUGUGAUUUAACGGUCGAUCUCCGUUCCUACUCUCACUUAAGGUCGUGAGGUGUGAUUUGUGGCAGAAAGAAAUGACUGCUGAUUGAACCUGCAGAAAUGAGUUUCAUUGGCAGCUUUUCCUUUCGAGAUUUGGUUGAGAAGCCCCCUCACCCACUACUCCGCCGCAUUGAGAAGAUAGAUGAGGUAGUUUGGGCAUUUGAAAAGGAUCUCCCUGAGGACAGGCCCGUCCCAUCGGCAAGAGGCCCCAGGAACAACGUAGGACAUUCUGGAGAGACGAUGCCUCCCAACUGGCUUGUGAAAUCUUGGCAUACCCCCAAAAGAGCUGCACGAAGUGGCUGGGGAGAGAAAGGUCUCAACGUCUUUGCGUAAGCCAUUGCCCCUGUGACUCGACCCAAGAGAAGCAGAGGAAAAUG